AUGUCAAUUCCCCAUAUAYUUUGCGGGACGUGGCUGUUGUACUUGCCGUGCACCUGGAGCAUAGGCCUGGCCGCAGAGCCGGGUUGUUUCCCGGACUGCUACCUGCUCUCCUUGUUUGGGGCCGGAGCGGUUCUCAUGCGUGGAGCRGGCUGCACCAUCAACGACAUGUGGGAUCGGGACUAUGACAAAAAGGUUGCAAGGACAGCAAGCAGACCCCUGGCAGCUGGCGAUAUCUCCACUUUCCAGUCCUUCRUUUUUCUUGGGGGACAGCUUAGCUUGGCUCUUGGUGUGCUUCUGUGUCUGAACUACUACAGUAUAGCCCUGGGAGCAGCCUCCUUGUCUCUUGUGAUCACCUAUCCUCUGAUGAAGAGAAUAACAUAUUGGCCACAGUUAGUUCUGGGCCUUGCCUUUAACUGGGGAGCGCUGCUCGGGUGGUCGGCCGUCAAAGGGUCGUGCGAGUGGUCCGUGUGUUUGCCCCUAUAUGUGGCUGGAGUUAUGUGGACGCUGGUAUAUGAUACCAUAUAUGCUCAUCAGGAUAAGAGGGAUGACGUCCUUAUUGGUGUGAAGUCAACAGCAUUACAGUUCAAAGAAGAUACAAAGCAGUGGCUCAGUGGCUUCAGUGGGGCGAUGCUCAUGGCUUUGUGCGUGGCAGGAAUGAAUUGCAACCAGACCUUGCCCUACUACUCAGCAGUGGCGGCCGCCGGGGCUCACUUAGCACACCAGAUUUACACCUUGGACAUAGAUAAACCUGAAGACUGUUGGAAGAAGUUUACUUCGAAUCGGACAGUAGGAGUUCUGCUCUUCGUAGGGAUUGUGCUUGGAAACCUUUGGAAAAGACAAGAGCCAGAAAAGAAAGAAGAGCCUUUAGAAAACAGGUGAGAUUAACCAGGAACAUCAGUUUGUUAUUCCAUGAAGGAUUUUAACCACCAUGAAAGCUUCAACAAGUAGAGCUGCUGAGCCCUGCUUAAGGUCAUAGUGAAGUAUUUUAAGUAUUGAUCCCGUGCAGAACAAGUCAACUUGUGUAAAAUCCUCGAGACUGUGAGCCCCAGCACUUUAGACAUGACCCAACAGAUAUCUCGUGAUAAGAGUGCAUUGGAAAAGCCAGGUGAUUUCAGGAUGUAAAUAAAAUGUGGUUGUAAACGCUCGUUGUUAUGAUUUAUUUCAUGAUCAUCGUGCUAUUGAUACACAAACAGGAGAUCAUUUGCAGUCUGUGUUGGAGCUUGGUGUGUGAAAUAAUUUCCAUAACUGCUGUUAUCCUGAGCUGUUCAGAACCUGUCAGGGCUUUGUGCAGGGUUUGGUUUUUGUUUUAUUUUUUUUGCAUGCUUGCGUGCUCCAAAACAAUAAGACAAUAGGAAAAUAUUUUUAAAUSAUCUUUUUGCUUUUGCUCUAAUUGCUGGCAGACACUGCUAUUCUGUGCAAAUGAGAGUGGGGGUCACUUCAGGCUAAUCGUGGCUGACRCGGCAAGUAAGGUUGUCUCCAGAGAAAGCUUUGCAUGUGGCAGCAUUGGGAGCUGCGCUUGGAUCACGCAGAGGAUUUGGUGACGAAAAUCAUUCUCCUCUUCAAAUGGCCUCUCCUUAUCUCAGGUCUCUUCCUUUAGCAAUGGGUACAACUAGUCGGGCAGUCGUGCUUAAAAAAUCAAACCAGGGAGCUGAUCUGGCUUUAAAUAAGGCGACCCUAGUUAAAGAUUAUCUAAGUGUCUGAGACAUGUGUGUGCAGAGCUGUACGCUCAGGGUUUGUCACCUUUCCUUAGGGAACCAAAGAGGUCCCUAUUGCAGCAACACGCCGUGGCUUURUAGCCAGUGAACAGUUCUGGAAAACGAAAUCCAUCGUGCGGCUGGGCUGGACCUUGGCGGGGUGGAUUUUUGGUAGCCUUCUUGCUUUUCAAAUGUACUUUGUUAAGUUUUUCCUUUGUGUUCUCCCAUUGUUCCAACAAAUGGUGUUAAAUAGCUUUGGAGCAAAUCAUACACGCAUGGAUCUUGGGGCCUGACUGCACGUACAAAAGAAGUACUUGAAAAUGUUAGGAAGCUUAACUGUUAGCAUCCUUUAGGUCCCRAGGUAGAAAUCAUGCUAAGACUUGAUUUACAGUGGAAAAAGUAUUAAGAUGAAGAAAAAUAUUUUAAAUAUGGAGAAGAAUAACUUUGUGAACGAUUAUGUGACAAAGACAGGUUUAUCAGAGGGAGACCUGAACGUAACCGGUUC